AUGGAUGAAUUUCCUGGUCUGUCUGAUAUCAUUCUUACCAACACCAAAGAAGUCUCUGCUGUUCAGCAACUCAAUACUCUGUAUAAACAAAAUAGGUACUACAAAGAAAGGUUCUCAUUGGUUGAGCCUACUGAAAUUGUUCUGAGUCGAAAUGCACAGAACAAACCAGUGGAUACAUUUCAAUACAUUCCAUUGCCAGAUCAACUAUCUGCUCUGAUGAAGCAUGAAGAUGUAGAUGGACAUGUUAUUGUUGGACAUAAAAGUGAUGCUUCAAGAAUCGAAGAUUACUGUGAUGGGUCAUUGUAUGAAAUGAAUGAAAUAUUUCAAGAGAAUUGCCAUCAUCUCCAGAUAUUUGGAUAUGUUGAUGAAUUCACUGUCUCGAAUCCCUUGAGAAACAAAGCAAAGAAGUAUAAAAUAACAGCAGUGUACUAUAUAUUGGGUAACAUUCCACCAAAACUUAGGUCAAGGCUUUACGUCAUUCAAGUCGCAUGCCUUGCAAGAAGCAUCCAUGUAAAGAAAUAUGGUCUAGAGGCAAUAUUGGCCCCAUUUCUGAGAGAUUUGAAGCAACUUGAGAGUGAAGGGAUUCACCUGACCUCCUCAGGUUUGAAUGUUCAGGUGAAGGGUGCACUCUGUCUUGUCUGUGGAGAUAAUCUUGGUUGUCAUCAGAUUGGUGGUUUUAGUGAAAACUUCUCAUCUGGGCUCAUCUGUCGCUUCUGUAUGGCUACGAGAGACGACAUUCAAGUGAUACAUGAUGUGCAGGAGUUCACUCAAAGGACCAUUGAUUCUUACAAUGAUCAGAUUGAGAUGGUUACUGAAGAUCCACGUCUUUCCAGUACAUAUGGUGUUAAGAAGGAUUCCCCUCUCAAUGCUCUCAAACAUUAUCAUGUUGCUGAAGGUUUGCCACCAGACUUGGCACACGAUAUCUUUGAGGGUGUUGCCUGCGAGCUGAUUGUUCUGGUAGUCAAUUACUCUUGUAAAAAGGGUUUCUUCUCACUGAAGUCUCUGAAUAAGGCUAUUCGAAAUCUGGACUAUGGGGAACCAGACAAAUCCACUAAACAUUCCGAAAUGAGUGAAGAAAUUUCAAAGUUUGCAGUGAAGCAAACUGCAUGCCAGACAUGGUGCCUGCUGAGGCUUUUUGGAAUACUCGUUGGAGAAGGUGUGCCUCAUGAUGAUGAUGUUUGGGGUCUCUUGUUGGAUCUUCAAGAGCUGGUUGACAUAAUGUGA